AUGAACCUAAAUUUACAAACAAACCCACCAAUCCAAACCAGAAUUCAUCAUCUUCCUCUUUCACCAAACAUUCCAAUUCCCCUUCAAAACAACAGAUUCAAAUGCAUUACUGCAAAAGCCACCAACGAAUCAGUUCCAUUGCCAACCAUGUCCGAAAUUCUAGAAUCAUCAAAAUCACAAAACCUCGACCUUCACCUCCAAACCCUAGGACCCUUUUUCAGAAUCACAGCAAAGAGUUUGAUAACAGAUAGAGAGCUUGGAAAAGCUGAGGGGUUGAUAAGAAUUUGGUUUGGAAAAGGUAAUAUUCUUCACUUGGACUCUAUUAAACUCCAAAGAGAAACACUUGGUAUGGAAAAAUCAAUCUUUGGACUUGGUUUGUAUAUUGGAGCUGUUGCUAUUCGACAUGGAUAUGACUCUGGUUGCAAAACUGCUCAAUUACUUGCUAUCAAUGAUUCUGAUCUUUACCAUUCUAAGCUGAUUAGGUUCUACACAAGACUUGGGUUUAAUCCUGUUUAUGAAGUGACUGGCUCAUCUAUUGGGGAUCUAACACACAUGCUUGUUUGGGGAGGAGUUGGUACUCGCAUGGAUGCUAGUGUUGAAGAACUUAUGAUAAAAUGGUGUAAAAGAUUUAAAAAGACAAGUGUACGUGAAAUACAAAACUAG